ACGCUAAUCUUGACGAAUCAGCGUUAACUCAAAGCAAAGCAUACGCAUAUCCCUUCUUCUCCCCUCCACUAUAUAUAUACCUAACCCAAACUCUAAUCAAUCAAUCGACAUUGUUUACAAUACGCAAACCAAAAUCCAUACCGAUAUACCAUGGCUCUACCAAAUCAACAAACGGUUGAUUAUCCAAGCUUUAAGCUGGUGAUUGUUGGUGAUGGAGGAACCGGGAAGACUACAUUUGUCAAGAGACAUCUAACUGGUGAAUUCGAGAAGAAGUAUGAACCUACUAUUGGAGUGGAAGUUCACCCACUGGAUUUCUUCACAAACUGUGGAAAGAUUCGUUUCUAUUGCUGGGAUACUGCAGGGCAAGAGAAGUUUGGUGGUCUUCGUGAUGGAUACUACAUCCAUGGGCAAUGUGCUAUUAUAAUGUUUGAUGUCACUGCAAGACUCACUUACAAAAAUGUGCCUACAUGGCAUCGCGACCUCUGCAGGGUGUGUGAGAAUAUUCCGAUUGUCCUAUGUGGAAAUAAGGUGGAUGUGAAGAACAGACAAGUUAAAGCAAAGCAAGUUACAUUCCAUAGGAAGAAGAAUUUGCAGUAUUAUGAAAUAUCUGCUAAAAGCAAUUACAACUUUGAGAAGCCAUUCUUGUACCUUGCCAGAAAGCUUGCUGGGGAUGCAAACCUUCAUUUUGUGGAGUCACCUGCCCUUGCCCCUCCAGAGGUCCAAAUUGAUUUGUUGGCCCAACAACAGCAUGAAGCGGAGCUUGCUCAGGCGGCCAACCAACCACUGCCUGAUGAUGAUGAUGAUGCAUUUGAUUAAGUGGUUUUUUUUAAUGGGGAUUUAAAGUAGGAAUAGUUUUUGUUUUUGUUUUAAAUGCAAGUUUUUGUACUUUAAAAAUUUCUAAUAUUUCAUAUUUGCGUAAACAUUUUACAUGUUUUUGAAUGGGAAGUUAAGAGCAUUGGCGUGUUA